AUGACCAACAGUGCCAUGGCCUUGCCUCCAACUCGAAUAAAUCGUCGUCGUUCAACCAAAGCUCUUCAUGAUUUCUUCAGCCGUCCGUUCACUCAGAGAAGAUCGCAGUCGAUUGCCGGUGUUCGGGUAUCGCCGAGAAUCAGUGUGACGCCGAGUUGCACGAGCUCAAAGCACGCAAUGUCAAAUACUAUAGAGAUCUCCAUUACAAUACAUGACUUCGCCACAACCGAAACUGCCACUCAAAUAACCUGUGAGCUCUACGAUAAUGAAACAGAAUGUGAAGACAAAUGGAGCAAAGUUGGAACAAGUUCUCCUCAUCGAUUCUCUCGAAAUAUUGUCUUCACUGAUAAAUUCUCAUAUCAAUACGUUUUCGAGAAAACUCAGUUAAUCAAAGCAGUUUUCUCUCGAUGUCAUGAUCGUGAUAAACCAUCCAGUUCAAGCAGAGAUAUUCUUGCAACUUCGAUUUUCAAGGUUGAUGAACUUAUUGGUUCAUUUGGAUUGCAACUUCGACGACAGCUUGAAAAGAAUGGAAAUAUUGCAUCUGCACUGUCUGGAACACAGAGAGUCACAGACGAAUAUUUGGGUGGAAUCAUUGUUUCUGCUGAAAUGCCAGAAAAAGAACAGCCAAUUGUAGUGCAAUUUCAUGGAAAAUCUUUGGAUCGUAAGGAUUUUCUAUGGGAUGAAACUGCCGUUUUCUUUAGAGUCUUCCGAUUAGAAGAAGGAAAAGACGAUGAUUCGCUAGUUUUCCUAUAUGAAAGUGAAGCUCUGAAAAACCAUUCUCAUCCACAAUGGGCUGAAUUCCGAUUGGACACACAAGACGCUGCAGAUAACAGAAACAGACUUUUGGAAAUUUGGGUAAUGUACAAAGAUGUUGAUGGAAAAGAAGGGUAUAUAGGAAAGUUUUUAACAACUUAUGCCAAAAUGAAAUAUGGACCUGGGUCGGAUAAUGUGUAUAGCGUGAUCAACGAUGUAAAGAAAGCACAGAAAAAGAGUUAUGAAAACAGUGGAAAAAUGGAACUAGUCAAAUUCACAGAUGUCUCAUUUUAUUCUUUCUUGGAUUAUAUUGUCAGUGGAACACAACUUCAUUUUGAAAUUGGUGUAGAUUUUUCGAGUCCAGAACCAGUCCAUGAGCUUGAUCAAAGAAGAUUUGAUGGAGAGCUACAUAUGGCCAUUCGAGCAAUUGGCUCAAUUAUUAGAGAUUAUACACCAAAUCGAUUGUUCGCUGCUUUUGGAAUCGGUGCGAAAAUACCUCCAACAUUCCAUGAAUCAAAUGAAUUUUUCUUGAACUUUUCAAUGGAUCCAAUUUGUCGUGGAUUAGAUGGAGUAAUGGAAGCAUACCGGAAAACACAGACAAUGGUUACCCCAUUAAAAGAAUCAAAACUAUCGCCUGUGAUAAAUUAUGUAACGAGAAUGUCUCAUAGAUCAGGAUUCCGGGGACUUCAUUAUCAUGUUUUAGCGCUCUUCACAAGAGGAGAAGUAACUGAUUUGAAAGAAAUUCAACAAGCUUUGAACUCCGCAUCAGAUGCUCCAUUAUCUAUUCUGAUCAUUGGGAUGGGUGACUUUGAUUUUUCUUCACUACAAAAACUAUGCUCAAAACGAAAAGAUGGACGCCGAGAUGUUGUUCAAUUCAUUCAUCUGAAAUCCUUGCUCAAUGGAGCAGAAGCACCGUGGCUCAAUAAAUCGCGCAUUGCUGAGACAGCUCUUCGUCAUGUACCCCAACACAUGGUACAGUAUAUGCAUAAUGCAAAUAUUGCUGCAAAACCGCCAAUUCAGGUUUGCCGGUCUCCUCUGUUUCAUAGUUCGUCAUUAAUUCCUGAUAAGCCGACUGAAUUUGACUUUGAUUUGGCAAAUAAAAGACCGAGUGUCGGAAUUGAGAUCCCUAGCCUUAUGCCUAAUUUAAUUCUACCACCGGAUCUUUCACCUAGACCCCGGCAAGACAGAAGAGGAAGUGAUACACGUAUGAGUUUAAACACGGUGUAUUAUUAAGUUAAUUUUUUUUAAUUUCAGAAUAUCUUGAUGUGGAAAUAAUGAGAGGAAGUUUAACAGUUCGAGUUCCCGAGAGAUGUCACUCAGUACUUCAAACAAGCAGAGAGCAAUACCAACGAAGGCUAAAAGAGAGAGGAUUAGCAAGGGUUUGUUUUUUUUUUCAAAUAAUUACGCCAAUUUCCGAAAUUCCAAGUUCCUAACUAAAAACUGAUUUUUCAGAUGAAGUUCCCCCGUGUAGAACUGAGCACGUUGGAAUCAAGUGGAGGAUCAACACAAGACUCAUCUCUAUAGCAAUAACUAUUUCAUUUUCAUCCUUUUUAUGUCCAAAUAUUUUUCAUUCAACUUUCACAAUGUCUUUUCAACUGUUCCAAUAUGGCCAAAAUAACGUCAACCAACGAGAUACUUUUGUGUGUAUA